AUGAACGCUGUGUCGUUUUUGAAGAGCAAGGCUUUUAAGGAAAGAGAAGAAAAUGCAAGAGAAAAGCUACGUCAAGCCGUCAAGCGAGAUCUGAUCGCAGAUCUAUCCAGGUAAAUGUCCAAGAUCGAAGUUUACAUUUGUAGAGCUGAUUAGUUUUAAUGGUCUUAGCAUAAAACAGUUUGUCGUUGUGAAGCGUCAAAUCUAUUUCAUUUGUUGAUCUACCUAGGAAGAAAUCUGUCCAAAAUCCAGACAUAAUCAAAAGAAAAAAAUUGCAAAAUGGUUUGUCUGUACUUUCUUUUUUCCGAAGAGGAUGGAUCGACAAUUAUGAAAUGCAUCAGUCACUCGAUCAAACACAGAUUUUUUGCGUAACCCUUUAAUCAUUAAUCCUGAGAGUGACUAGCAUCUGAUUUCUCUUUAAAGUAUCAGUGCUGGAUUAAGCAGUAAGGUCAUGAGAAUAAAGGGAAUGAUCGGCAACUCAAGAGACUUUUGAUUAGUGAACAAAUUCUUCCUAUCGGUACCAUAGGAAAUGUACAGAGAACAGUAUGGAGAAUUUGCAUGCGGAUGUUAGGGUGUUAACGGUUAAUGAAGUGAAUCUGGGUUAGAAUACAUAGCAAACUGAUUCAAAACAAGCUGGAUAUCAUUCAGUUUCUUAUUUUUUACAUAUAGUUUGUUUUCACUUUCAGGUUGUUUGGAGAUGCAUCCUUCAGUGAUGUCACAUUUAUGAUAAAUAAUGUUGAAUUUCAAGCCCAUACAGUUGUUCUCAGAGCAAGAGCUCCAAAUUUCUGUCAACAUUUUCUUCCAAGAUAUGCCUCCGCAGGUUCUGUCCAAACAUGCAUUCAAAUAAAUGGAAUAGAGGCCAUUGAGUUUGAGAAAUUUCUAAGGUAGAGAUGGUCUUUGCCUAAAUUUUAGCCUAUAUUUUACCUUUCAAGAACAAAAAAAAUAUUUACAGGUUUGGUAAUGAUCUAUGCAAAAAUUUCCAGAGUGUGUAAAGCAUUGAACUUACUUCUUGUCAUUUAUAAUGUAAGUAAUAUCAAGAUUAAAACUUUUCAAGCUUCACUAUUAUUAGUUAAGUUAUUUAUAUUAAACUAAGGUUGAAACUGUCACCACCAUUUUAUUAUAACUGUAUUUUUUUCUGUUUUUUCUCAAGGUCUGCUUAUACAGAAGAUGAUUUUAAAGACUACGAUGGAUCAAGCUUCCCUUGGGAAAAAGAGACUAUACCAAGCUUAGUAGAUGGGAUUGAUCAUGUUGUGGAUGGUACAUGUAAAGAAGACAGUUUCAAUAAAAGAUUUGAAAAUGAUAUAGACCAUCUUCAAAACAAUAUCCAGCCAGAGGUUUGGGCAGGGAAAGAUGGUAUUGUAGGAUUACAAGCGAAGCCAGAGGAAUUUGAUGGAAAUGAUGCUACUUGUACUCAGUCGUAUUGCGACAUGGAUGGUAAUGGGUCAGGAACUGUUGGUGAUGGCAUUGUAGAGGGAACUUCUAAAGGAGAAGAAACUAGUGGACCUAGAAAUAAUGAUUGUCAUCCUGACUCCAAACUACCACAAGCAAGUUGUAUGGAGGAUACAUUGAGUUUUGAGGAAAGACUUGAUUCUCGUCCAGAGUUCUGUGAUCAUUUUGCUGUUAGCCUUGGUAACAUACAAGAGACUUACCUAUCAGAUGUAAACCAACAACAACAUGAUUUGGAGGAAAAUCAGCAUACUAGUGAUUUAGUUGAUGGCCCUGGUAAUGUGAUUGAUGAGGAAAAUGUUGAAUCAGACUGCAAUGCAGAUGGAAUUGGAAAUGAUUCACAUACAAGCUGUCUCUUGAAGAAACAGGUUGCUGAAAUCAAGACAACAAAUGAAUUGACUGAUGAAUUAACUUCAACAGAUGGUAGAAUUUUGGAGAAUAGUUUCAAAACAAAACUAGGUAAUUUAGAAGUUAAAAUUUAAAAUUAUGCAUUUGAAUCAACAAUGAUAUUAAAUUUAACCGCUAAGUAUGACUAGCAUCUAAUUUCUUCCAACACUAUUAAGGUCACAAGAAUGAAGGAAAUGAUCACCAACUUCAAAAGCUAUUUGUAAGAUUAAAAUCUGUAGUUGAAGAUUGGCAAAGAAAGACAAAAAGCAACAGUUUUAAGUGACAGAUGAAGACAAAAAGGCUGAGAGAAAUCACUUUGAUGUGGGAGGUGAAGAAGCCUGACAGUUAGAGCACUAGACUCUGGUUUGAGAGGUCAGAGUUCAAGACCUGCCCUGGGUCAGUGCAUUGCAUUUUUGGACAAAAUACUUUGCGCACACAGUACCUUUCUCCACCCUCGGGUAUAAAUGGGUUCUGGGCAUGUUAAAGAAUGCUAGAAGGUAACAGAUGAUGAGUUAGCAUUCUAUGCUGUGGUAGUAGCAGUAUUCCUAGUCAGUUGAUGCUAUGGAGUAUAGGUUCCAGUCAUUUGGGCUGCAUGGUUGGAGUGUUUACUGAAUCCAUUCUGUACAUUUUUUUCUGAUAGAUUUUAGUGUUAUGUUUACAAUUUAUUUUAUAAGUGAUCCACAAGGUGAGGUGCCCAUCUAGUAUAAUUCCCAUAAUAAAUGACUCAGCCAUACUCAAGUUUCUAAAUAAUAUAUAUUUUUGUAUCAGAUAUUGGUCCACCAGGGGAUGACUCAUUAGGAGAUGAAUUAAAGGUAGAUGAGAAUUACACAUUGUUAUCAUUUCUGAAGGACUUGUAAUUUUUUUGUUCAUUUAUUUGUCAACCAAUAAGUGCUGAAAUGAAAAGUUUUGUUUUCUUCUGUUUUUUCUUUAUGUGAUUUCAAGAGUUGCUGUUGUACUCUUGGUCAAGAAUUACUUCAGUUGUUAAUAAGUGAAGUUGGAUCUGAUGUUGUCUUUAUUGUCAAUGGAGACAAAAUCAAAGCCCACAAGUGAGUGCUUAAUAUGGAGGUGUGGCAGUGUUAUUUUCAUUUUUGUUGUUAGUCAAAACAUUUUCUAUAUUUUUUGCCAGAGCCAUUUUGUGUGCACGCUCAAAUUACUUUUCAGCCAUGCUUUAUGGUGACUGGAUUGAAGGGAAAACUAAAGAGAUUCCUCUUAUUGGGUGAGUCACAACUUCUAAUGAAAUAUGACAUCUCCCUGCCCCCUUCCCCCUCCCCCUCCCCCUGCCCAGCAUAAAUUCUUCCUUCUGAAUAAGACACCAGCUUUUAAUAGUGGCUCAGCAAUUCAUGGGCAGGACCCUAUAUUGAAAGGCUCUAGGUUCAUAACCAAAACAGGGUCUUUUGAGCUCCUGGAUGAUGCACUUUGAGUGACUCCAGCAACCAUCAUGAGAAUAGUCACUCAUGAAUUUUAGACUGUUUAAUAAGAGUUUUUGAGCUAAUAGUGUGCAUGCUUGGUGGUUGUUUAGAGCCAACUGAUUAGUGUAACUUAUUUUAUUUUAGUGUGAAUUAUAAUGGUUUCAUGGCCGUCCUGAAGUAUAUUUAUGGAGGAACAGCUCACGUGAAGGGUGAUUUUGCACUCAUAUGGUGAAUAAAAUGUUUUUUAACUCUUUUAAAGGAUUACAGUCUGCAUUAGAUGCCUGACGCCUUAAGAAUAAUUAUAUGGUAUUGCAAAGGUCAUGGGUUCAAAUCUCGUAUGGGCCUGAAUUUUUUUCAAGUCUUAUUUUAACUACUAGUUCAGUAGUGUUCAUAGCUGCAAGGAUCACUUAUAUCUCAAUUGAUAUAUUUAUAGAAUUUGCUAGUAUUUUUAAGAAAAAGGAGGUAGGGAAUCAAAAAUUGAAAUAAUUGUGUAAGAUUGAGUUACUACACUCUUUUAUUUUGUGUGUUACAUUUUUCUUGAGAAUUAUUGUCAAGGUAUUUCUGAUUUGGCAAACAAAAUACAGUAUGUUGUUUACCAGUGUGUUUGUCUGGCUGUUUUCUGUUUCGUUGGCAGUGAUGCACUUCCUCUUGUAGACAUGUAUGGGCUGGAAGGACUCAGAGAAAUCAUUAAUUGUACAUUGAAAAUUGACAAGUGUCAUAUGUUUCAUAAGGUGAGAUUAUCAGACAAUAGUUCUUUUUAUUUUGCGACAUAGUCAGAAAAGAAUGACGCCACUUUUGUUGUUUUUCCAGCCCUGUGCAGAAUGUCUGACUGGUAUUCCUGAGUGCUUGGAAGUAUCAGAGUUGUUUAGUCUUACUGAUCUCAAGAAAUCUUGCAUCAAGUAAGGGAUAUUUUAAAAGAAGUUGUCAUGUUUUUUUAAUGUGUGCAUGCUCUUUGUUGAUUAUUUAAAUGUCCUUUUUGCAGAUGGAUGGCAAAACACUUUGAUCGCACUUUGGGUACUAAAGGAUUCGCUUCCCUUCCUAAGCUGCUUCAGGAAGAAAUUCUGGCUGAAAUUCAGAGGAGCUUUGUAAGAUAUGCAUUUUUCCACAUGUUAGCAAGGAUUAGAACAUGAUUAUUCAAUGUUGGGCUGAUUUUCAAAAUGGCUGGAAUUUAAUUUUUUUACUGCUCUCUGUUAUUUGCUUUGUCGUACAAGUGGUACACAUAUUGAAUCACAAAAAGAGUUGAAUCACAGCAUCACCAAAAACCUUUGGGUCACCAUUCUCCAACACAAAAUAUUUGUUUUGUAUGCAUUACCCAUUUCAUCUUCUGAAAACCAAACUGAAAAACAGUAGAAGGAGUAACAGUUCUCUAAUUAACAAAUAGAUUCCAAGUUGCCGUGUGUCGGAAUCUAUUUGUUUUAUAUAAUAAAGAAUUUUAAAAAUUUUUAAUGAUGACGUCAUCAAUACGUCUGUCCUCCAAUAGGUCAUUAGUGAGAGCCAAUCAGAAUGCGUGCAUAACUGAGCUUAUUAUAUUACAUGCCAAAAGCGGCUGGCAUAUUUUUUCAGUACCUAAUAAUUUAAAGGUAGAGUAACAAAACACAUUGUCUUGAUUGCAGGUCGUAGCAUCAGCCAUAGAAGUCUUGAAUCACUGUGACAAACUUUCUUCAUGUACACCACUGGUCAAGUGGACUGAGCCUAUUCACUUGGCUGUUUCUGCUGUCCAAGAAUCUUGUCUGUUGUUUAUUACUCAAAACUUUUUUCGUUUAAUUGAUCAAAGGAGCUUUCAUGAAAUCCUGAAGGUAAAUUUAACCUGAAAGCACUAGUAAGUGACAGGGUUAAUCAUUGACUCACACAUGGAUUGAUUAAGUGACUGAACACCAUACUGACUGGCUGAUUAACUGAUUUAAUGAUUGAUUGAUUGAUUGAUUGAUUGUUUUGGGGGCUGGAUGAAAGAUGCCGUUAAAGGUUAGCUAACUGACUGACUGACUGACUCUCUCAACCUUUCAGGGGGUAGGUUGGUCAGUGCCUGUCUUAGAAAAAAUUCUAUCUGCGAUUAAAAAGAACCUGACCAUUGAAAAUUGCUGCGACCUCCUAAGGGCCCUUCUCAAGCUACAAAGGAUCCUUAAAGUGAAGGCGCAGGAGAAUGAUGAGGAAUGUUAUCCAGAGGUUUGGACGUUCUCUUAGAGUUCCAGUUCAAACUGAAGUAGAUCCUUCAGGGAAACUCUGAUAUUUCCUUAAUUGUGAUAAAUCUAUGGGCUGUUUUAAUAUUAGACGAACCAGCUCAAGAAUUACAUCUUUCGUAGUCUAGAAAUUUUUCUAAAAUAAUCCGUCUUCGAAUCCUAAAUUGUUCAUAGUUUUCUCAAUUUAAAUUCGCCAUGGGAAUAACUCGUGAACGCGAUCUAUCUGAACUUGAAAUGAUUUUCAUAAGUCUCGUGACUGAGCAAUUUCGGAAAAAAAUUUACACCGUAUGGAAGAAGUUGUACCUGGUUUACAGUCGAUAAUGAAGUAAUUAGCUAUUUAUUACUAUAUUGGUGUCUUCUACACUAUCUUCCCACUUUUUUUCUCCUAAAAUUGUUUUUAUUCGCCGUUCUCAUCUUCAACAUCGUGUUUAAUUUGUUUCCCAGGAAGUAACUGAUCUUGUGGUCAAUUUACACAAAGACUGUGUCAAGUUUAUCAGAUGCAACCUUUUUAAAGUAACCCGAUCGGAAGGAUGGAAAAAAUUAAAGCUUUCUACUCAACGGGAGGUAAAGGAAGGUAAGAUCUGAUUAGAAACACCUGUCUGGUCAGUGUUAGGUUUUGUGUAGAACAAACUUGAUUCCAGACUUUGCCUAUCUUUUUUUAUGCCUAAUUUCCAGGUUAUUGUUCAAUGAAAUAUCCCUUCUGAAGUGCGGAAUUUUUAACAGAGCAGGCUUCAAGCUCCCGGGAUACCCUUUUUUUGAUCAAUUCUAAGACGAGGCGAAAAGCUUAAUUUUACUUUUGUCCAACAGGUGCGUUGUUUGGUGGUCUGUCUGAUUCAGGUGAAAAUUCCACCGGAAAGAGGAGAAGUGUGCCAAGUUCUCUUCAAGUAAGUUCAAUUUCAGCGAACGAAAGUCGAACCAAAUUUAUUGGUUGAGCAAAAUUUGGGUCGCAAUUUUUACAUGACACAGAUUUUAGUUUGACCUGCGGUUGAAAAUCAAGUAAAGUAAUGACUCUCGCACUUGCGCUGCAAUUGCAGAAAGAAGACUGACUUGCAGGAGGUCAAGGGUUCAAGCCCCAGACCGAACCCACACUCAAGGUCUUAAAAUAACUGAGGAGAAUGUGCUGCCUUUGCUUUUAACAUCGGCAAAUGGUUUGAAAUUCUAAUGUUCUUGGAUAAAGACGAUAAGCCGUAGGCUCCGCCUCCUGUCUCUUCUCUGUACUGGCUAACAGGAGACGUUAAAGAACCCACACACUUCUCGCAAAGAGAAAGGAACGUAACUCCCGGUGUUGUGGUCUGGACUUUUCAGUUUUUACACAGGCCCCCAUUUAAACCAGCUCUGAGCUGAACCGGCUCAGCCUGUCUAAAUAUCGCAAACACACACACAUGCACAUUACGGCGUCGACGGGAUUCGAACCCAUGCCCCUAACAACGCGUUACUUCCAACUGAGCCACGAAGCCAUACGUUGGGAGGCACGGGUUUGAAUUCCGUCCAAUCCGGAAUUUUCAGGCUUUUUUUCUGUAGUUUUUUUUUUUAAAAAUUCCAACAAAGCUGCGAGUGUCAUUGUCAAAAAACUACCCUAGCCUCUGCUUAAACUGCCUCGUAAACUGGAUGACAUGCAUAGGGCUCAGACCAGGUGAAAUGAUGAUGCAGGCUUUAAAGGCAAGGAGCUGGAGAUAUGUUCAGAAAUGAAAGUGUGAUGAGUUGAUGUAAUUCAUUCGCGAAUUGCAUUAUGUAGUUUUCCGCAAGUAAGCCUGUCACAUUUUGUCGGUUGUGCCAUAAACCCACGGGCUCUGUGAUUGUCACCAACAAUCUAUAUUGAGUUCUGAAACUGUUUGAAAAAAGUGUGGAAACUUGAAUCAACCCUCAUUGUUUUGUUCCUAUUUUCCUGUCUCUUUUAUUAGGCGUCCGCCAGGCCAUCAACUAUGAGAUCUUUUCAACGAGUUGCAACUGAAUCUCGUACGACAGGACAAGGGAGAGGGAACUCUGCUUCUGACAGGAGCUCUCAGCAAAGUGGGCCCACGUCAGGUAGGAGCUCCCGAAAUAGUAUCGGACUUGCACCUACGAAUAUGCGGCCUUCCUCAGGACGGCCCUCGACUGAUGGGAGCGGUGUCAGGUCAGUCCGUGGAAAAAUAUCUUCAGCGACAAGCAGUGAUUCUGGAAAAAGACCCUCCUCAUCUCAGGCUUCAAUGCCGUCGAGAAGCUCGAGAGCGUCUUCUUCGUUGUCAGGGAGCUCUGAUAGAAACUCUCUACCUAAUUCACGAUCUUAUCAAAAUUCCUCAGCAUCAGGGCAUAGGGAAACAUCAAAAACCUCUUCUCAAAGCUCUCAUCAACACACUGCAACAUCUAGUAAAGGCACAAGGUCUUUAUGGACUCAAAGUAGCUCCAAUGCGAGGCCCUCGUCGGCUCCAAGUUCAUCUGGCGCCAUAAGAAAGGUCCCGUUAGUUUCCAGGCCGCCAGUACCAAAAGGUACCAACCGAGAUAUUAACAAUACCUCGUCAAAGCGAAUCGUUAGAGACAAGCUCUUUUCUGUACAGGGUUGUGGCGCACAAGCUAAAAAGGGGCCGUCGGUCUCAAAUUCACGCGUUUGUCGUCAGCAAGUUUCAGAAAACGUCAAGGCAACUACUAAUUCGUUUAAGGCGAACAAGCCGUCUAAGGUCAAAGGAACAAGUACACAAGAGAAUCUUAAGCAGGACUUGAAAAAUGGACCAGAAGCUAGUAAUGAAUCGGGACUGAGAGAAAAUGUCCAUUCAAAAGAUGAUGACGUUGGUAAAACGAGAAAAAUGGAGGAAGUCUCAGACAACAUAAAAAAAAAUAUUUCUCUCGAGGAGUUAAAAGAUGGUGUCCAGUCAAUCAGCUCCGAGGAGCAGAAGCAGUCUAAUACGUCGUCGACUCUAACGAAAGAGGAGGAAGGUUCAUUACCCUUAAAUGAAACAGCUGACGAGAAUGUUUCCCGGUCACUCGAUGAUGACUCUGUGGAGAACGCUGAGGUCAAUGAUUCGCUUGAACUUGACUAAGUUUGUACUGAAUUAACUGUAAAUUUUGGUCAGUCUCAUAGUGUGUCAUCCCUCAAAGGAAGCUAAAUCGUGCAGGGAAAAGCAACACUAGCAGAAACAGAUGUGCCUUAGAUGCAGCGGUGGUGAAGGGAUGGGGUGGCACCAGUCUAGCUCUGUGAAUGAGGCAGGCUGUAGAUUAACCGAAAGUCGCCUCCUAUACCCUUCAGGCAUGGCAUGGAGAAGAUGGGUAAAUAACCGUCUAGUGUGAAAACAUAAAAUAAUUUAUAAUAAUUAAAUAGAAAAGCCAGGAAAUUUAUUGGUUAUAACCAG